AUGCGAUCGUAUUUCAGAAAAUAUCCUCGGCAAGUUCUUGCCCUUCUCUAUCGGGAAUGGUUCAACAUUCGGAAUGAAUGGAUCACUUGGUUGUUUCGUAUCCUCGCUCCCUCUCUCAUCAUUCUUCUUGUAUUCAUCAUUCAACAAAGUAUUCUCUCAUUAACUGCUACAGGAGGAGACUCACUUUUUCAACAUGAUUUUACAUUGGAUCAUGUGCCUCAACAUUUGAAAAAGCCCAAUCGACAACUUGGAGAAAAGUAUUUAAUCAUUUCUUCCGAUUAUUGUCCAUUCUAUCAACAAGCUUGGAAAUUGUUUAACAUUUCGAAAACGAUUGGAGAAAUGAAUGAUCCUCCAUUGAGUUACAUGACUGCUGAAAAUUCCACUUGUUUGAAUUUUGGAGAAUGGUCAAAAUGUGAAACUGAUAUUUGUGUCAUUGGAAGUAAUCGAAAUAAGAUGGAUCCAAAAAUGUUCAAGAAAUUGAUCGAAUCGAAUACAAUAUUGGGAGCAUGGGUGUUGGGUUCUACUCAAGAUUGGGAGACUGGAAGUUUCAUGUGGAAUGUCGAUGUCAUUCCGAGCUAUCUCACUUCAAUUAGAAAUCCUUUCUUUUCGAUUGGUGUUGGAGUGACAACAGUGAGUGAAGAACAAAACAAGUUGACCUUAAUGAACGUCAUGUAUCGAGCAUUGAAUUUGAAUAAUUCCACAAGAAAUUCAAAACCUUACACCUUAGACAUGUCCAUCCACCAUGUGCCUUCCAAGAGAGGUCAAGACAAUCAAAAAACAGACAACAUGCUACCCAUGAUCAUGUCACAACGUUUAGCAACGAUCAUGAUUCCAGGAUUGAUCAUUAUUUCACUCUUCCUGUCAGCUUCUCAUAUCAAUGGAUUCAUUGCAAGGGAUCGUCAAUUAAGAGUGGGUAUGAAAUGUUAUGGCUUGAUGAACUCUUCCUAUUGGACGUUUGUCUUUGUGUUUGAAAUGAUUCACUUGACACUUGUUUGUGCCAUCAUGACCGCUGUCGGAUAUAUUUGUCAACUCAACUUUUUCACAGGUUGCAGCGAUCCAUUGAUCAUUUUCAUCAUUUUGUGGGGAAUGGCUUUUUACUUUUGCUGUUUGUUAGCCACAGCAAGUACUUUUAUUAGAGCCAAUUCUGUUUCGAAUAUUACCUUGUUUUUCCUGCUCGUGUCCAAUGUUCUUUUUACCCUAGUUACCAUUCAACCGGAGGCGAUCAUGAGUCCUACUGUGAGAAUUAAUGUUCCAUCCACCAUUGCCAUGGUCGGUGGACCCAUGUAUAUGUUCCCAACGGCUGCCUAUUCCAUUGCCUUGACAACCAUUUCGUUUAUGACCAAUUAUUAUAUUGAUUCCAAGACUGGUGUCAUUAUGACACCUCCAGGAUUUAAAGAUAUUGAUUAUUGGGUGAGUCCAGUUCAAACUUAUUAUGACAACACGAAUGGUAACAGUUAUUAUGACAUGCUCGUGUUGCCACCCUAUUUAUGCAUGAUUGACAUUAUUGGACAAGGGCUUGUCUUCAUCUUGUUAACCAUUUAUCUCGAUAAUGUCAUUCCUCCAGCGUUUGAUGGCAUUCGACAAUCGAUUUUCUAUCUAUGUUCUCCAAAAUAUUGGGGAUUUCGUUCCAAGAAAAUUGGACGAGACGAUUUGGCCAUUGAUUUUGACACGAAAGGAACUGCUUUUGAAAUUCUUGAAGAUAUUGAUCCAGAUGUUGCACGAGAAUAUAAGGAAACCACUCGUUCCUUUCAGAAUGAUGAUGUUUCCAUUUCUGUCAUUCAACUUGGAAAGACCUUUACUUCGCUCUUUAAACGAAAUACCAAUAAUAAGAAUGCUCUUAAUGGAGUGACAUUUCAUGCAAAAAGAAAUGAAAUUACUGCCAUCUUGGGUCACUCUGCAGCAGGUAAAUCCACGUUAUGUAAGAUUUUGACAGGCUUAAUGGCCCCUUCUUCUGGAGAUGCCAUUAUUGAAAAGAUGUCCAUUGCUAAGGACUUUCAACAUAUUCAGGAGCAUAUUGGUGUUUGUAUGCAAGAUGAUUUCAUUAUUGACAACUUGACAGCUCGACAACAUUUAAUCUUCUUUAGCAUGUUGAGAGCCGUUCCAUUCAGAAAGUUACGAGAAGAAGCAAGAACCAAGCUUGAACGUGUGUUUUUAACCGAUAGUGCCGAUAAGAUGACGAGAACCUUCUCUGGAGGAAUGAAACGAAGAUUAAGUUUGGCAACUUCCAUGAUUGGUGAUCCCUCUGUUUUGUUUUUAGAUGAAAUCACUACUGGUGUCGAUAUUGUCAUGAAACGAAAAAUUUGGAACAUGUUGGCCGAAUAUAAAAAGAUGGGCAAGACGAUCAUUUUGACUACUCACUCGAUGGAAGAGGCCGAAAAUAUUGGAGACAAGAUUGUCGUGUUAGCACUGGGUAAAAUUAGAGCCUGUGGUCACAUUUCUCAUCUUAAAAAGCGAUGGGGAGCAGGUUAUAAAGUGGAUUUGAUCAUGAUGAAUCAUCAAGGAAAUUCCUCACAUCAUCAUCAUCAUCAUGGAGAGAAAAUUAAGAAUAUCAUUUCCAACAAGUAUGCACCCAACAAGUUAAUUCUCAUCAAGGAGAAUAUCAACACCAAUUCUCUCACGUACCGAUUGAAUUUGAAACCCAAACAAAUUUAUGACUUUUUACAAUUCCUGAAUGAAACAACAUGGAGCGAGUCUUCGUCGGAUCCUAUUUUGAAAGAUUAUGCCCUUUCAUUUACCUCCAUGAAAGAUGUCUUCACACGAGUGACUCAUGGAGGUUCUUAUGAAUUGGAGGCUUCUCUCAUUCAAGAAAAGGAGUCAACGACACUCGAUGAAGACGAUAACGACGAAGAUGAUUAUGAUGAACCUGUUGAAACACCACAAGUGAAUAAGCGAUUCUUCAGUCUGUUAUCUCAACUUCAGUCCGAUAAGGUGAAAUUAAUUAUGGAUAAGAAUUAUUCACUUCAAGAUUUAAGAAGUGAAAAUGUAGAGAUUGAAAUUACUGUGAAAGCUCGUCACAAUGACAAGUCGAUUCAAAUCAUGUAG